AUGGUUAUUCAAUCAACUAAUUCUAAUAUAAAUACAACAAACAUUAAUAUAUGCAAUAGAGAAAAUAAAUCUGAAUGGUUGUUAUAUCCUCAAUCUAAUUAUGAAUUCAACAUUGAUGAAAAACUAAAAAAUAAAUUUAUAAUAGAUAAUGAAAAAUGUAAGAAGCGUAUAAAUUCUUAUAAUAAAAAUGGAAUCAGAAAUUCUGUACUGGCAAUAAUAUUAUGCCAUAGAUAUGAAUACCCACAUUUAUUAUUACUGCAACAUUUAGAAAGUCAGAAAUAUUAUUUAUUAAAUGGAAAAUAUAAAACAUGGGAAAAGCCAAAGGAAGUAUUAAAAAAAAAAUUACAAAAAUAUAUUAAUAAAAUUAAAGAUAUACAUUUUAUAACAAAUCAAAUAAAUUCUGAAAAAGAAGAAACAGUUGAAAUUGGAGAAUUCUUAGGAGAAUGGUGGAAAACACAAUUUAAUUCAGUUUAUUUACCUUACCUACCUGCACAUGUAACUAGACCUAAGGAAUAUGUUCGGUUAUAUCAAGUAACAUUGUCAUCAAAAUGUAUUUUUCAUUUACCACCUGGUUUUACAUUAAAAGCUUUACCUUUAUUUGAUUUAAACAACUGUGGUUUAGCUAUUAAUGGAUUAUCGAGUAUACUUUCAAGAUUUAAAUUACACUGUAUGGUUCAGGAAGAAUCAGAAAAUUAG